AUGAACGGGGGCCUGUGCUCUGCAGAGGCUGCCCGCGGCUCCGUUGGACGAGCUCCGACUCCCAGCUCGCAGAGAGGAGGCACCCCCGCCAGCCAAGUGCUCGGUGAAGCUGAGCCCUCAGGCCCGGCCGCCUCGACACCCCCGGUCUGUCCUCUGCGCCCCCGCGCCACAAGAAGCCCGGAUGGCUGCGGACACCGUCCUGAACGCCUGCUGCAGAGCAUGCAGUGCGUCCGCAGACGAAUUCAGAAAACAGGAGCUCCAUCCAGACGCACCCACGUGUGGACCAAGACAAUCCACUCUGACACAGAGAGACACUUCCUCAGGGAGGAUUUAGGGGACGCCUUUUACACUGCGGGUUGUCAACACCAAACCCCCAAGGUCAGCCCUCCGCCAGCCCUGGGGCAGGAGGUGUUGAGCAAGAUGGCCAACCCGACCCUGCCCGCCAGCAGCAGCCCCGCACACCCAGGGGGCUCCCAGCCGGAAGGACAGACGGGGAAAGUGGCUAGCCACCGGGAGUACGGGCCCCGGGCCUCCGGCCGAGGUCACGCUGCGUGCCACGGGCUGUGCAGGAGGCCCCCGCUGGCCACUUGA